AUGUCACAAAAGCCUUUUCCUACCGAGACGUUCGUCGCCACGGUUGUCCAGCUGAUGGACACCAUUCAGCACAACGACGCCAACUAUACCCACGAUGAACGCGUCGGUCGACUCAGCUAUGCCUACAAGAAGGCCGCCAGCUACUUUGCCCAGCCGCACGUCCGGGAGAUGCUCCAAGUGAAGCCAAAGAGGCUCCAGGCUGCGCUUCAGACAAUCACGGGAAUGGUGGUGUACUGCUGGGUCAACGCCUCGCCCGAGCUCUGCGCCGCUCUAACCAUCCACUAUACAUACACGAUGAUCCUCGACGACAGCGAGGAUGACCCUUACUCCAGCAUGCGAGACUUCUUUGGCGACAUGGUCAACGGCAGACAGCAGAAGCACCCCUGGUGGAAGCUCGUGAAUGAUCACUUUCCAGACGUGCUGAAGCACUACGGUCCCUUUUGCUCGCUGAACAUAUACCGGAGCACCGUGGACUUUUUCGAGGGCUGCUGGAUCGAGCAGUAUGCCUUCAACGGCUACAAGGGGUCCUCCGACUACCCCGACUUCCUACGCCGCAUGAACGGCCUCGGCCACGCCGUAGGCGCCUCCAUUUGGCCCGCAGAAAUGUUCGACGAGCGCCAGCUCUUCCGCGAGAUCACCACAGCUAUCUGUAUGAUGGAGAACUGGAUGGUCUGGGUCAAUGACCUGAUUUCCUUCUACAAGGAGUUCGAUGACGAGCGUGACCAGACCAGCCUGGUCAACAAUUACUGCCACGUGGGGGGCUUGGCCAUCGACGAAGGCCUCCAGAAGUUAACCACGCAGACGCUGAGAGUGAGCGAGGAGCUUGUGGCCGUCUUCAAAGACAAGGACCCGAGACUGGUAGACACCAUGACCCGGUUCAUGCACGGCUACGUCACGUGGCACUUGUGCGACAAGCGGUACAGGAUCAGCGAGAUCCACAAGCAAAUCUGCAGCAGCGGCGACCCUGUCAAGCAGAGCUUCUGCCGGUACUUUGAUAACGCAAACAAGGUCGGACGAGUCGACGCGGCCGAAUGGGCCACCCCAAAAGUCGACGAUUUACUAUGGGCCAACGCCAUCGAGAACAUCCAACCCGCCCCGGAGCCAGCUCCUGCUCAGGGCGGUUCUGAUGAGAAGGUUGAGCCUGAGGGGCUGGAGGGGGCCGAAGCGCUCAAACCUACUCGGGAUGAUGGCUGUCAAGACACUGGGCCUAACAAGAUUGGAGGAGACAUUGCGACUGAAUGGGCCAAGUCGAUAAGACACCUCCAAGCACACCACCGGAUCUCCUCAAUGUGUAAAGCUCCGGCGCACGGAGCCCGUAACAAGGACGUCACUGGGAAACACGGUUGCGGUGUAGUUUAA